AUGCGUACCCCUAGUGGCGCGCCUGGCUCUCCACGCUUUACUCUUAUGUGGUUCACCAUCAGAAUUCUAUACCUCGUUAUCGUGGCUCAGGGUAUGGUCAGAGACUCGAGCCAGGUUGCUGGAGUUGAUGACAUCGAACAAGCCUUUCAGGAGUUCAUAAAAAUGUACAACAAGAAGUAUGAUUCGAAGGAACAGUACGAGGUUGCGAAGGGUGCGUUCAUGCAUAGUUUAAGGGAGAUCAGCGAUCUGAAAGCCAACG